GCAGAAUGUGUUCAUGUUUUGAAAAUUUUCUUAAAAUAUAUUCAUCAGGCAAAUUAUGAGGGAUGUUAAGAUAUCACAACAAGGAAAAAAAUCGUUCAUGAUUCCACAACUCAUAUUAUUCUGAAGUGUUUCUUUACUUUGCUAAUUGCGUAAGUGCUCUUUCAACACUAAUUAGAAGCAGUUCCAGAUCAAAAUGGAAACUAAAAUGAGGAGAGCAGACGAUUCUCGUUGCAGCAGCAGGUUCCUAAUGGCGCUGGCCUUAGCGGCGGUGACGGUGAUGACGGCGGAGUGGCAGAGCUGCGUGGGUAAUUGCUUGGAGCAGGAAAGGCUUGCCCUCUUGGAUAUCCAUGCCCUCUAUUCACAAAGCAGCGGCGAUUGCUGUGGUUGGGAUGGAGUUACUUGUAAUGACACAACGGGGAGGGUGAUUGAGCUUUACUUUAAUGGUGCAGAGGAUGGAAGCUUAAGAGGAGGAAGGUAUCUAAAUGCUUCUUUGUUUCUACCUUUCCAACAACUCAGACUACUUUCAUUGACAUCCUUUCAGUUCUUGGGUUGCAUGGAGAAUGAAGGAUUUGAGAAAUUGUCGAAACUUGCGAAUCUAAAAGUUUUGGAAUUAUAUGUCAACGAAUUCAGCAAUGAUAUACUCCCAUCUUUAGGCAAGCUUUCACAGCUGGAAGGACUGGAUCUUGAAGACAAUAGGCUAAAAGGAAUGGUUGACGUUGAUGAACUAAACCAACUUAGUGGCUUGAGGCGGCUGAGUUUGCAGGACAAUAACAUCCAAGGAUUCGUGUCAUAUCACGGUGAUGGAAAUUUGUUGAUAUUGCCGCACCUGGAAUCGCUGGAACUAUCUUAUAACAAUUUCAGAAAUGAUAUAUUGUCAUAUCUAAGCAGACUUUCAUCUCUAGAGAGUUUGUAUCUUGAUGGUAAUAAACUAAACGGAACGGUUGACAUUGAUGAAUUAAAUAAACUUGGUGGCUUGAAGGAGCUGUAUUUGGGGGACAAUGAUAUUCAAGGAUUCGCAUCCUUUCACGGUAAUGAAACUUUGCUGAGAUUGCCGCACCUGGAAUCCUUGGAUCUAUCUAAUAAUAUCAUUAGCAGCGCCGUCAUGAUUUUAUCGGCAUUCAAGCAGCUUUACUCCCUCCAGAUUCUAUCACUGGGUUAUAACAAUUUACUGGAGGGAUCAGUGGACAUGAAAGAGUUGGCGGCUCUCACCAAACUACAAGAGCUGGAGUUAAGUGGGAAUCUUGUAGUGGAAGGUGUGUAUCAACUCUACUAAAUUGAGAGAAAACAAAUAAUUAAUUCUUGUAUUUGGAUUCAAAGACUUGGCCGCUUUAAUAAACUUAGAGUCGCUUCAACUAGGCGACUCUACUCCUCUUGCCCAGGAUUGGAAAAGCCGGUUUGACUUUCAAGGAUCCUCAAAGCUGGAGAAAUUGAAAACACUGAAGAUACGAAACUCUAUCAUAGAAGCCAACUUCUUUAGAAGUAUUGGGACUUUGAUGACCAAUCUUACGUAUUUGGAGAUUUCCGAUAGCCCGUCUCUCGUCAAUUCCACGAUUCCACAAGGUUUGUGUAACUUAAACCAUCUCCAACAAAUAGAUCUCUCGGGGAAUGGUUUGGUCGGCGAGUUGCCACAAUGCUUAUCAAAGUUGACGUCACUUCUAAUCCUGGAUAUCUCCAACAAUCAGUUAUCAGGGAAUAUAUUUCGAUCUCCCCUUACCACCAUAUUCUCCCUUGAAACCAUAGAUAUUUCCCAAAACCGUUUCCAGAUCUCAUUCUCCCUCUCCCCAUUUUUCAACCAUUCUCGUCUUAAAAUUUUUUAUGGGAGUUCCAACCAAGAGAUCUAUGAAGAUGAACAUCGUGACGAUGUAAGACAACAAGGUACUUUCCUACUACACCAACCACUUUUCCAGCUCACGGACUUGAAAUUGGGUUCUAGCCAACGCAAUGACAACAUUGAUGGAGUAUUUCCUAAAUUUUUAUACCAUCAACAUGAUUUGGUACAAGUUGAUAUCUCAAAUAUCAAAUUGAAGGGAGCUGGAUUCCCAUCGUGGUUGUUAAUUAACAACACCAACUUACGUGGUCUCACCCUCCUCAACUGUUCACUUUCGGGAUCUUUUCCAUUGCCAGUUCAGAAUUGGCCUACAUUAUAUUUUUUGGAUGCUAGCAACAAUGAUCUUUCUGGUAAAAUUCCAAGAUGGAUUUGGAAUCUUCCCGAGCUCCUAAUUUUAGAUCUUUCAAAGAACAAUUUGUCUGGAAGUCUACCAUCGGGUUUCAUUACUUCACGGAUGAUAGAAGUUUAUUUAUCAAGAAAUCAACUCGAAGGAACUAUAACCAAGGGAGAUCAUUGGAAUUUAAGUUCUCAUAAUGAGUAUCCAAGCUACUCUUUGUCUGUUUUGGAUCUUAGCCACAAUCAUCUCUCGGGUACCAUCCCCAAAUGGAUUUCUAUACUUCCUAGAUUGAGCUAUCUAUUAUUGAACAACAACGAGUUCUAUGGUGAAAUCCCUAUACCUUUUACCUUGGAACAAGUGAAGCUGAUUGUUAUUUCUCACAAUCAUUUUUCUGGUCAGCUUUCCUCGGUGCUCACAUCCAUUAUAAGCACGGUAUCUUACAAUGGAUACAUCACAAAAGAUUUGGAAUUGGUUACCAAGACAAAUUUGUAUACUUACAAAGGGAAGCCUCUCAAUUCGUUGUCUGGCUUUGAUUUCUCAAACAACAACUUCAGUAGUGAGAUCCCUCCUCAAAUCAGUUAUAAGGAUGGCAUGCAAUUUCUCAACUUGUCGAACAACAAGCUGAAAGGAUCAAUUCCGUCGUCAUUUUCAAGGCUGUUGCAAAUUGAGAGUUUGGAUCUCUCACAAAACAAUUUGAGUGGAACAAUUCCUUCUGAACUCUCUUCUCUGACUUUUCUAGGAUCUUUUAGUGUGGCAUACAAUAAUCUAUCUGGCAAGUGCCCUCAGGUUGCACAGUUUGCUACAUUCAACAAUAGUAGCUAUCAGGGGAAUCCUUAUCUCUGUUGCACCUCUCCGCUACCACCUUCUGGACCAUCAUUGAUGCCACCAGCUUCUCACGAUGGAGAUAGAGAUGAUGAUGAUGGAGGAAGCUUCAUUGACAUGGAAAGUUUCUACGCAAGCAGUGGAGUGUCCUUCGUUAUGGUGCUGCUCACAAUUGCGAGUGUUCUCUACAUAAAUCCAUAUUGGCGAAGAGUAUGGUUUUACUACGUCAGGAUCACCAUCACUAGUUGCUACUAUUUUGUGGUGGAUCAUCUCCCGGUGCCGGUCAAGUACAAGGUGUUGGAACUUCGGGUGUAGAAAUUGAUGUGCCACAACUGCUUGGAGGAUGCCAGCUGGAGUUGUAUUCUUCUUCCUUUAUCGCGAUAUUUUUGUAAUAUAUAGUUUGGGUGCCUUAUACACUAUCACAUAUGUACUACAUAGUGACCUUGAAUGAGAUUAAAAAUAA